CCGGGUCACGCGGUGUUAGCUCUUCAUCUAUGAAGCUAAUGUGAGCUAGCCGCCUCUUUGUGUUAACGCCAUUUAGUUUACCUAACAACAAACAGGAGCUCUUCCGUCUGGAAACUUCACAGCAACUGCUUAGGUUGUUUUAACUCUUUGUGGCCAGAAUGCAGGGACGAAGAUAAUGACGUCUCAAGCAAGGGAUGUGGAUGGGCAACUUCCUGCCAAAAGAUAACUGUAAUUACAAGUCAUCCCUUGGAAACUCCCUGGAGCGGCACAACUGUUCAUUUUUCACCACAUAAUCCAUCAUGUCAUUACCAAAGGAGUCAGGGAACCGAGGGAAAGAUCGAGAGAGGGGGGCCCGUCCCAAGGUGAGGCAGAGCCGGUCAGAGGAGAGACGAGACGCAGGCAGUGGACGGAAAGGUGGAAAGGGGAAGAAAAAAGGCCUUGCUUCCCAUGAGCCAGCAGCUGAGAGGCCUGUCAGCGAUGGCUUUGAGUACGGUGAGCUGUUGAGUGACCUGGAAACAAGGGACCAAUCUUCCUCCUCUCCUCUGAGGGAGAGUUGGAGAUGGCAGGGUUUGGAUGCCGCUGCCUCGUUACUUGGACAAGAACGGGUAACGGCCAGGCCAGGACUGGGAACAGUUAGCUCUGCUACAGAGAUACCUGCAUCCGGUGAAGGUGAGGGCCGGGGGUCGAGCAGCAGUCGCACUCUCAGGCAAAAAAUCCAAGAUGCAAUGGGGCAGUGUUUCCCAAUAAAGACACACAGCGUGGCGGCACCAGCGCCAUCUCCAUCGGCUCUUUCGUCAUCGACCGCCUGUGCCUCCUCGAGGCGCAAGAUCCAUCUCAGUGAGUUGAUGUUGGAUGACUGCCCUUUCCCCGUAGGAUCAGAGCUGGCUCAGAAGUGGUAUCUCAUUAAGCAGCACACGGCCCCCAUUACCCAGCCUCCCGUGCUUGAUUCUCCAGUUGUGUGCAGUGCCCCUACUGCAGCCAUGGCCACCGUGGUGGAGGACGUAGACGACAGGUUGCGGGAGCGCAGGCGCAUCAGCAUCGAACAAGGUGUUGAUCCACCACCCAACGCAGAGAUCCACACAUUUGAGGUGACUGCCCAAAUUAACCCUCUCUACAAGCACGGCCCUAAGCUGGCUCAUGGUAUGAAUGAGUUAUCCGGGGCCGACAGAGCCUCCGUCCAUCAGCAACAGCAGCUUCUUCUCCAAAGACAACAGCAGCACCAGCUCCUUCUGCAGAGCUGUUUGGACACCCUGGAUGAAGUGGUGGCCUCGGCCUCGGCCUCAGCCUCCACCGCAGCCUCCGCCUCGGCCCCAGCGUCAGCCUCAGGCUCCGCCCCAUCCUCAUCCUCCGCCGCCGUCAUCACCUGUGAUGCUACCCCCGAGCCUCUGGUUGACCCAGAGGUCACACCGACCAACGUGCCCUCUAGAGCCAUACUUCCACCGACUGAGGAUCCCAAAUCUCACGACGGCUACCGCAUUCACACCCAGAUCGAUUACAUUCACUGUUUAGUUCCAGACCUGCUGCAGAUCACCAACCUCCCGUGUUACUGGGGGGUGAUGGACCGCUACGAGGCGGAGACGCUGCUGGAGGGGAGGCCCGAAGGCACCUUCCUCCUGCGCGACUCCGCCCAAGAAGACUACCUCUUCUCCGUCAGCUUCCGCCGCUACGGCCGCUCGCUACACGCACGCAUCGAACAGUGGAACCACAAUUUCAGCUUUGACGUGCACGACCCCAGUGUCUUCCACGCUCCCACGGUAACGGGAUUGCUGGAGCACUACAAGGACCCCAACUCCUGCAUGUUCUUCGAGCCGCUACUGUCCAACCCCAUCCAUCGCACACAGCCCUUCACCCUGCAACACGUCUGCCGAGCGGUCAUAAGCAGCUGCACCACCUACGACGGCAUUAACAUGCUUCCCAUUCCAAAUACGUUGAAAAAGCACCUGAAAGAAUACCACUAUAAGCAGAGAGUGCGUGUACGGCGAAUGGAUACUUGGUGGGAAUGAAGAACAACAAAGAAUACUGACUAAAAGAAACUACUAAAUACAUUUUUAACACUCCUCGAACCGAACAACGAGUCUUGUUCUUCACUCUAUCUGGCUGUGUUAACCAACAAUACAACGUACUUAUUUAUUUCAUUCCUGCUGUACUUGUCUUAACAAUUGUACUAAACUACACUGAUGAGACAGUAUGUAAUCUCACUGAUCUUGCACACUCAAAAGUUCUUUAUACCCAAAUUAAACAAACUUCUUUAGAUCCGUGGCGUUCAGAGAGCUAUACCCUCACACAUCCUCUGUGUUUUCAAGUGUGACUAAAUCAACUUAAUUAUCUAACGAUGGGGGAAAGUGUCCUAGUGUGAAUUGAGAUGAUUAUAAUAGAGUUGUUCAUCAGUCACGUGCUGAGAAGGUGGAAUACAUACUGACAAGGUUUUCUCCUUGUUAUUGAGGUGUGGGAGUGCAGCACGUUUGUAGAAUUAAUCACGGUUUCGCAUAUUGAGCCCAAGGCUGAUUAUAAAGGGUGAGAGGAAGGUGCAUAUGCUACCUGUUGUUAUUAAAAAGUAGAAAGCUGG